CUUGCCUAUCGUCCGUCCGACGCGCCCGAGACGACGAUUCGCACGCCCGGUCUUCUCCCUUGAGCCUGCCUGCACCUGCCAGCCUGCACGCAACACGCCCCCACAGGCUCGCUCCCUCAUUGCCAAAACCUUCUGGCGCCGCUGGCCUCCUCGGGCCACGCUUUUCUGCUUCGCCUCUCCGUCCCAACUCCAUUCCCAGCGCUGCCAGACGACCACGUCCAGUCUGCCUGCUGCCUCCUGCGCACCCCGGCCUCGCCAAACGUCACCUCCGCAGCGAUCGGCCAUCCCGCGUUGCACCACAUCAUCUCUGCACCCACGGAAGAAUUUAACGUCCCCCUCGCCAGCCGAGCGAGGCUCCUUCCUCCUUCACAUGCUUAGCUCGCUGCUGAACCCGGAGCAAUCUCAGCUUCACCAACCCUCCACCUCCGGCACAUCGACUCCAAGCACUGCGACGCACUCGCCGCCGACGGCUUCCUCUGCGCCCGCAACCACCACCGCCGCCCCCAAUCCCGCCAGCCCGNNNNUCCGUUGUGCGACAAGGCCUUCCACCGACUCGAGCACCAGACGCGACACAUUCGCACCCACACGGGCGAGAAGCCACACGCCUGCCAAUUUCCAGGCUGCACGAAACGCUUCAGCAGGUCGGACGAGCUGACGAGGCACUCGCGCAUUCACAACAACCCCAACUCGCGACGCGGCAACAAGCAACAUGUCGCAGCGGCGACGGCAGCGGCCGCCGCCAUGCAGGCCGGCAUGUACGACAACGCGGCCCUCCAGCAGCUCAAUCAGCUCAAUCAUCUGCAGCAGAUCAAUCAGAUGAACCAGAUGCAGCAGAUCAACCACAUGAACCAGAUGAACCAGCUGGGCCAGAUGCACCACCCACAGCCGCCUCAAUUCAGCACGCCAAAUUACAUGCAAAAUCCAAUGCACAACCAGAUGCAAACACCGCCAAUGCAGCCUCCUGUGCAACACCAGCCUGCGCAGCCUCAGCCUCCACAGCCCCAGCAGCAAUCACCAUCGCAACAACAGCAGCCGCCCUCGGCACCCGCGCCGACUUCGAUUAGUGCCAUCAUGUCUGCACCAAUGCAAAAAACGACCCAGUCUGCUCCAACUUCACAGUUGAGCUCUCCGAAUGUCUCGCCACCACACUCGUACGCCUCCACGUACACCAGCACUCCUGGCUCGUAUCUCACUCGCAACACAAGCGGAGACCUCAGUCCAGCGCAAGGCGGGAGAUCACAUGGCCCUGGUAUCAAUCUUCUGGCGACUGCUGCAUCACAGGUGGAGCGCGAGAACAACUUGCACCUGCCAAAUCCACACCUUUCUCUUCCCACACGUCACACUCCGUACCACCACCCUUACAACACCGGUCGGAUGCCAUCGCUCUCGUCAUACCACUACUCCUCGAAUCCUACCUCGCAGCCGAUGUCAAGAUCACACUCGCACGACGAAGACGACCACCGGCCGCACAAGAAGUCGCGUCCAGGGUCUCCACAAUCGACGGCACCACCAUCGCCUUCUUUCUCACAUGCGUCUGCAUCUCCCACGCCUGACCACACCCCACUUGCGACGCCGUCACACUCACCUCGCUUACGGCCCCAAUUCUUCCACAAUGGUGUGCAGCUGCCCACUUUGCACCACCUAUCCCUGGCGCACCAGCCUCCUCCAGCACUCGCACCUGUCGAGCCCGCUGCUGAUGGUCACCAGCCCUAUGUGCCUGCACAACAUAGCGGGCUGAGAAUUUCAGAAAUCAUGGAAGCUGGCGAUGGUGCCCAGCGAAAACUACCCGUGCCUAUGGUCGCGGCUAAAGACCAGACGUACCAAGUGAAGGACAUCAAAGACAUCUCGACCACGCCCAGUGGCUUGAACAGCGGUCGUUCGAGUGCUCGGCAAAGCGAGGCUGGCAACGAUUUGGCAGAGAGAAUGUGAACACGAUGAACCCCUCUUCGACGGACAACUCGAUCCAUUUACCGGUCUUCGGUACUUCACUGAUGCGUGCUUUUACGCAUACUACACAAUUCUUGUGGCGAGAUCGAUUUGAUAUUUACUAUGCGAACUUGUGGUCCGACAGCACGAGCAAAUUGAUAGAGAAACGGAUAGACGCGACGCUUGAACGGCCUUUGAUAGAGAAUUGUCUACUUUUUGUUUGCUUAUGGCGAGGAGUUUGAGCGAAAUAGAUUGGGCUUGGCGAAUGAGGCGAAGACAAGAAGUUGCAGUCGCAAGACAUGCUGGGAGUCAAACCUGGUGCUUCAAAUUGGGCGCGGAAUGGUCUUUGUCAUGAUACCAGCAGCCAUCUGCAGAGACUGGCUAUUCGAGUACUUGCUCUACUCUACCUUCGAAGAAUUAAUUCGGUGUGCGAUUCUCCAAUACUCUUGACUCACUAUUACGCCUUCCUCCGAUCCCCCGCCAUGGGCCAGAUGCGAUGCGGAUGCCCUCAUUGUGGAUAUUCUACCACCCCUGUUUCUCCGCCCUUUGCCGGCCAUCGUGUCUAGCCAGAACCACCUAUCAUCCAUGACACGAGACGACGGCCGGAGACAAGGAGAGGUAAAACAUCAUUGCGGCGGAAAUUAGACACGCAAGGGGGAAUGUGGAGAAGAAAAGCUCCUUAUCGGCGAAAUCAAACAAAUUGGUUAUCUGUGGCUUGAACGUUCUCCAGAUUCAGAUCAAGCAAUUUACGCCGCAUCUAACCAGUCCCUCCUUUGCUCCAGUAGUGCCCACGC